AUGCUGUUUGUCCCAGCAACUCCAUCCAAAUUAAUGGUCAUUGUUACUAUCUUAAUUAUAAAACUGGCAGUUGGAAUGAGGCUCGAAAGGAAUGCCGUUAUCGUGGUGGCGAUUUGGCCGUGCCAAAUAGUUCGGAAAUCAAUGAUCAAAUAUUCCAGCUUAUUAAAGUUCUUGGUGAUAGAACGGCAUGGAUUGGUGUGCAUAGGGAUGAAAACAAAAAGUUUAUCACCACAAGUGGCGUCAGUGUUUCCUAUAAAAACUGGGACACGGGGGAACCAAAUAACUAUCGUGGCAAGGAAGAAGAUUGCGUGGAGAUGUAUGCAAUUAGCGAUAAAGCAGGGAAAUGGAAUGAUGAGUUAUGUUCGUAUAAUCGUCGCUAUGUCUGUGAACUUGCAGUAUAG